AUGCUGCCCUUAAUAGAGCAAUUAGAAGCGACUCUCGAGAAACGCAUAAAACGCAAUCUUAUUCGCUCUCUGGUGGUAACUUCUCCGAAUUCCGUUGACUUCUCUUCAAACGACUUCCUCGGUCUUUCUCGAAAUUCCACUCUCCAAAAAAACUAUCUAAAAGCCCUUUCAAACUUUCCGCAAUCACUGUUAGGUUCAACUGGUUCACGCCUGUUAGAUGGAAAUUCUUCGUAUGCGGAAUCAUUGGACACUUUUUUAGCACAAUUCCACAAGUCGGAAUCAGCACUGACAUUUACUUCUGGGUUUGACGCCAACGUUGGGUUUUUCAGUUGUGUCCCGCAACCUGGUGACGCUAUAAUUCUAGACGAAUUUGUGCACGCAAGCGUCCAUGACGGUACAAGGAGUACGAGGGCAUCAAUUGUUACUACAUUUAAACACAAUGACCUCGGAAGUCUUGAGGAAACAUUAACCAAAGUUGUCGAGAAAAUUGGUUCCCAAAAGAAUAUGUUUGUUGCUGUGGAAAGUCUGUACUCUAUGGACGGAGAUUUUGCUCCAAUUAAAGAGAUAGUUGAAGUUUUGAAACCUUACAACGCAUACUUGUUUGUUGAUGAGGCCCAUGCAACUGGUGUGUAUGGGAGCCAAGGAAGGGGAAUUGUAUGCGAACUAGGAUUAGAACGAGAAGUAUUUGCGCGUCUCCACACUUUUGGAAAGGCUUUGGCCUGCAACGGAGCGGCAAUACUUGGUCCAAAAGUCUUAAGAUCUUAUUUAAUCAAUUAUGCGAGACCUUUAAUAUACUCAACUUUUUUACCACAUAGUAGUCUUGUGGCUAUCAGAUGUUCAUACGAGUUUAUGUCGGGAGAAAUUGGAGAUCAGCUCCGAAAAAAUUUAAGGGAAUUAAUUCGUAAAUUCCGAACCAGCAUUAAAUUACCAGACGAUACAUUGUUGCCAUCGGAGAGUGCAAUUCAGGGAGUUGUUAUUCCGGGCAACGAAAAUGCAGUGAAAUUAAGUCAGGCAAUUCAAAAAGCAGGCUACAACGUGAAACCGAUAAGAUCACCAACGGUGCCUGUCGGUAAAGAACGUUUAAGAAUUUGUAUUCACGCAGAUAAUACAGAGGAGGAAAUUUUGGGGUUGGCGAAUAUCAUACAAAGUUAUUUCAGAGAUCAUGUCUAUGAUAAAAACAAAGACAGUAAUGUUAUCCGUGGUAUUAACUCUACAAAAAAACAAGUAACAAUUCCAACUUCCAAGCUUUAA